AAAAGGUGACCGCAGCUCCACCGCCCGACCACACACCCUCCAGCUCCGCAGCGCUCGCAAACUCCUUCCACCGAUCGGUGUUUGACCUGAUCUCUGCGAGCUGAAAUUUUUGGAUCCUAGUAAUCUACUUGAAACUCGACUCUGGUUUGAAGGCUCGAUCUGUGAGCUGGAACUGCAAGUUUGACGAUGGAAGGAACCAUUCCGAUGUCCUCCAACACAAGGAUCGCUGUGGUCACCGGCGGGAGCAAAGGGAUCGGGCUAGAGGUGUGCAAGCAACUGGCGGCCAGCGGCAUCACGGUCGUUCUGACAGCAAGGGACGAGACGAGGGGAACGGCGGCGGUGGAGCAGAUCAAGCAGCUGGGGCACUCAGAUGUCAUAUUUCAUCAGCUGGACAUCACGGAUGCUUCCAGCGUCGCUCGGCUGUCCGAUUUCCUGAAGAGCCAUUUUGGGAAGCUUGACAUCCUGGUGAAUAACGCCGCGACUGACGGGAUUGAGCAUGUGAUUGAUCCAGUAUAUGGUGUCAUGCCCGGUGGCGAAACGUUCGAUGGCAUGGAUGCUCACCAGAGAACGGUAUGGAUGUGGAGCACCUGCCGAGAGACGCACGAGAAGGCAAAGCAGGGCGUGCAAACCAACUACUACGGCACAAAGCGGGUUACAGAAGCUCUCCUGCCCCUGCUCCAAUCCUCGUCCGAUGGAAGGAUCGUCAAUGUCUCUUCUAACUUCGGAUUGCUAAGACUGUUCAAGAGCGAGGACCUGAAGAAUGAGCUGAACAACAUCGACAACCUGACAGAGGAGAGGCUGGACGAGCUGCUGGACAUGUUCCUGAAAGACUUCGAGGCCGGCGCGGUGGAUGCGCGAGGGUGGCCGGCCGAGUUCUCGGCGUACAAGGUGGCCAAAGCUGCCAUGAAUGCCUACUCAAGGAUCCUGGCGAAGAGGCACCCCGAGCUACGUAUCAACUGCGCACACCCGGGCUACGUGAGGACAGACAUCACGAGGAACUCAGGGAUCCUCACACCGGAGGAGGGCGCCCGCAACAUCACCAGCGUAGUGCUGUUGCCGAAAGAUGGGCCGACCGGCGCGUACUUCCACGAGGGUCCGCAGGCAUCUUUCGUGUGAAGACAUGUAAAAAUACAAAUAAUGGUUUAUCAUGUACGGUGUACUAUCUUUAUGAC